GAGGACCCUCAGGACCAUGAUGCCUGUAGGCCUAUCAGAGUUAAGUGAAAUAGGUCGGCCCUUUUUAAUCUGAGCAGAAUGUACAUUCAAACGAUCUAGGUAUCUGUUAUGUUUUUGAAUCAUAAAUUUGGAACCCUGAAGUCAAAUCAUGGUUUAAACAUUAGUGUUGUAUGAUGGAAGGGAUGGAACUUUAUCGGUUAGUCUAAAUUUUUGUAUCUUAGUGAUUGCAACCAGUUAAUGCAUGGCAGAUCAAAACUAAAUGUUGUUGUCUACUGUAAUUAAUAGAAGAAUUUUUCCAUAUUUCAAAUGCUAGCUAUAUUGCUGAGAGUUUGGAUCUGAAAUGCUUUAAUUUUCCACAUUUGGAGAGAAAUUAUAAAGUCUUGCGAAUAUGAUUUCGUUGUUUAUUGGAGAUUAGGGAGAUUGUCCAUAAAAUUAAGUGAUAAAUUGAAGUUGCGUUGUUUGGUUACGUUGAUUUUCUAGUGAAGAAAGAGGCUAUGAUGAACAACCGUUGACUGUUAAUUUGGACCUGAAGCUUACACUAUUCCUGGAGUUCAAAACCUAUAUUGUAUUCUUGUUAAUGUUUCAAAAAUGGAUGUUCAAAAACGUUAUUGAUGUUAAUUUAUUCAGUGUUGAUCUCAUGUUCUUUAAUGGUUUUGUCUAAGACAGACAGGGUAUCUGCUAUGCAUUGCCAUUUUUAACAGUAGAUACAUAAGAGGCCUUUUUCCAUAGAAAUAUUUCAAUGAUAAGUCUGUUCCUGCCUUAGGUGAGCUUGUCAUCAUCAGAUUUACUUCAAGUUUUCUAUGAAAUUUAAGUUCUCAUUGGUGAAUAUAUUUGAACAAUCAUGAAAUUAUGAACAGAGAUGAAGAUCAAGAAGCUUAUUUGUCAUUAACUAUGUACAGAUGUGUGACUUUUUUAGUGAUAUAUUAUACUUUCUGGUUUUAAAUAAAUAUCUGACUUUUUUUUUUCAAAACUUUUACAUAUAGUAUGUAAAAAAUGCUCAUAGCCUAUAUUAGUCUGCAUUCAAGGGUGGUGGGAAGAAUGGACUAGUUAUGUAUCAAACCCAACCUUUGGCAUUGUUUGCAUGAAGUGGCUGCCCUCAGAUUAUAAUCUAUAGUCCAAGCAUUUACCAUUCCACAAAGCAAUUUUCCAUAUAUGUGGUAUCUACGUAUGUGUAUACAAACAAUGUAAAAGCAUACAUACCUGUAUACAAGCAGUGUAAAAGCAUACAUGAAUGAAAUGGUAGGUCUGUCCCAGAACUUCCAGAAUUCAUGUCAAAUUGAAUAUAGAUUGAGUUGUGAUCACUGUAGCACAUAUACAAAGAAUGAGCAUGAGAUACAUAUAUUACUCAACAAUGUUACGGUAGGGGUUGGCAUAGAAUGCUCAGUUAGAAGAUAGAAUGUGAUAGAUUUAAUUGACAAUUAUAGGUCAUCCUUCUCUUUAUGAAAUGGAACAUACUUUCACUCUUGGCAGUAUGCUCUUAUUGAUUUGGAAUGUUCAUGCAGUGACCAAUAUCUGACCAGCAGGCAAUUUUUUCUGAAUUUUUUUGUUUGCUUUUUAUUUAAACUCUAAUUAGGUUGAAGAAUGAGAGAUUGUUGAAACUUGCUAUCGUAAAGGACUAAUACGUGUCUUAAUUGCUACAUCUACUUUGGCUGCUGGGGUUAACCUACCUCCCAUGAGAGUCAUGUUUCGACAACCCUGGAUUGGUCGUGAUUUUAUUGACGGGACAAGGUACAGACAGAUGGCUGGUAGGGCUAGUCGGACUGGAAUAGAUACGAAGAGGGAGAGUGUUCUACUUUGCAAACCAGAAGAUGUCAAAAGAAUUAUAGGAAUUCUUAAUGACAGCUGUCCACCGCUGCAUUCUUGUCUUUCUGAAGAUAAGAAUGGGAUGACCCAUGCAAUCUUAGAAGUUGUCGCUAGUGGAAUUGUUCAAACUGCCAAUGAUAUUUAUCGAUAUGUGAGGUGUACUCUUCUCAAUUCUACAAAGCCAUUUGAAGAUGUAGUGAAGUCAGCACAGGAUUCUCUCAGAUGGUUAUGCGAUAGAAAAUUUAUUGAAUGGAGUGAAGACACUAAGGUAUACAGCACCACACCUCUUGGACGUGCAUCUUUUGGCAGUUCUCUCUGCCCUGAAGAAUCACUUAUUAUACUGGAUGACCUUUCAAGGGCUAGAGAAGGAUUUGUGCUUGCAUCUGAUUUGCAUUUAGUAUACUUAGUUACACCCACCAAUGUUGAAGUUGAGCCAGAUUGGAAAUUAUACUAUGAAAGAUUCAUGCAAUUGUCUACUCUUGACCAGGUAAGCUUGUUUCUCAUCACCAUUGGGCUUCUGUAGUCCCAGUUGACAUGUUCAUUCUUGAAUACUAAUUGCUAAGUUUGCAGAAUGUGUGGCUUAAGCUUCAGUUUUUCCUUUUAGUUCGUUUAAUUUAUUACAAGC